AUGCAGAAUUUCACCAAUGUCAUUUACCAUAGCAACAAAACAUUAACUAAGCACAACCCACUCAGCAAAUUCCUCGAUGGACAUGAAAUACCAAUCCAAGGAAGCCAGCAAACUUUCAUUUUACUGCCCCCUGAGGAAGCUACAAACCUUAAAAAGUAUGUUAGCAAGCAACCUAAGAUUACCUUUAUUCAGUUUUUGGGGGAAAAUCCCGGCAAGCAUUAUAUUAAAACAGAAGUGGAUUUGUUUUUUAUGGCCAAAACCGCACUUUUACAGAGUACAAUUCAACAUAACUGUGACGUAGUGUUAAAUGCCUUUAAUAUUUUGCAAUCCGAAUCCGCAUCACAAAUAAGCUCAGAACUGAGCUUAUUUGAAGAAGACAUCACGGAAUGCAUUUUGUUCUCAGAUUAUGCAGCUUUGAAUCUCAGAGCAGGAAACAAAAAGCAGAAUUUUAACCCUAAUAGUCUCGGAACACUUGGUUUAAAAACGCGGAUUUAUGAAAAGUUAGUCCCACAUGUCUUAUGGUUUUGCGAUGAUAAUCAAUUAUCAGCAUUGGAAGAAUUUAGAGAUUCACUAGUAUCUGUAAGGGAUGAUUCAAUAUUUACCGGUAUGAUUACUCUAAACAAACGUGACGAAAUAAAUAUCAAAGGCAUUUUGCAAAUUCAGUAA